GUAAUCCGGUCGUUGCGGAUGGUUAUAAAGUGCAGGGUCGUUCCGCCCUGUCGUCCUGCGGUUCCGCUCCCUUGUGCCUGCACCAUAUUUGCAACGGCCUGCUUACCAUCCAAAAGUAGCGCUGUAUCUAUUUGACCGAGUGGUCGUCAUCAACUUCAUUCUGCUGCCUAGUACUACCUGGACUACCCACUACGACUAUUCGCUAGCUCUAUUUGCUGUCUAUAAUGGCCCCACGACGUGGCAACAUGGGCUGGAGGAAACCCGUGCCAAAGUACGUUCCUGAUGCCCCGCCGCCUACGCCCACCAAUUCGAGUCCGAUGACAAAGCGGCUUUCGUCUGCCGACCUCAACAAAGAAAUGCCACCGUUACCGGACGAUUGGUUCGAACAAUUAGCGGAGGCGAUCGGCCUCGACAAGCGCCACGGCUUCGUCUUUGACUGCGCUGACGAUUCACGGUGGUCCGACGAGGACACGAGCCCGUCAGAGUCGAACGAAGAUGAACGACAGACCGCGUCUGACCACACGUGCGGCCCUUAUCGUCUUUACGGUCCGCGAGCGCAGAAGGCCAACGCAGGGAGAAUGUCCUCAUUCGCUCCUAGCAUUUGCCGGAGAAGACGUUCAUUGCCUCAUAACUACCGUCCACCAACGCCUCCGCUUCCUAGAGAGCACCCCGUACGCCGCCGAGCAGCAUACUCUGCGCAGCGUUCGAACCAAAGGUCUCAUGAGCUUCCAUCCCGUGUGCAACGCAGGGCUUAUCCUCACAGGGCUCAUCCGCAUGCCAGCUCACAUGACGCCUUAUCAUCGAGAUAUCCGAGUUCUGCAACGAUAUACUUACCAGACGGUCCAGCCACUGCGGUAAAUACCGAGGAGAACCUGCAUGCUCGGCCGUGGCCGCAUACGCGGUAUGCGACAAAGUCGCGGCACGACUAUUUUAUUCGUUCAAAAUCCGGGACAUCCAGUUCAACUGGUCGACGGUGCAGACGCCACUGCGAUUCCUUCGAUGGCAUCUGGGGAGAUGUCAAAAGCUUUGGUGUUCGCAUCCGCGUCAAGAUCUCGCAUGCAUUCCGGCCAAUGCGCGUCGCAUACUAAUUGUGAUUCGAUUGCUUUCACUGGGUUUUGAGGGACACUUGGACUUUUACACUGUAUACUAUGCACGACUGUACCAUCGCGGACAUGUCCCGCAGGCACACUAUGUAAUAUGUUGUAUGCUCCAAGUUUAUAAUCCAUGACUACCUUUGCAUCCGAUACUAUACAAGCGCCUUCGAGCGAG